AUGAACUUUCUUGAUAAAAACAAUCCCGCAUUUGCUGAAUUGUAUUCUGUACUGGAUAGUAAAAUGAAAAAUCUGCUAGAUCAAGGCCUUGGCACUGACACAAAACAAGCCGAUCCUAUUUCUGGUGAAGACGAAAACAAAUUAUGGGAGUCCGGUAUUUUUGGCAUGAAAGACUCUAAAACUUUGCAGCUGUCUGUGUUUUUUUAUGCAUGCAAGUUGUUUGGCUUAAGAGGUCGUGAUGAACACCGUGGUCUUCAAUGUGACCAGUUUGAAAUUGGUGAAGAUAGUGAAGGACGAUUCAUACGAUUCAUUGGCCGAGGAUCUAAAACCUACCAUGGUGGACUAGGCCAGAUGUCUAUAAAUAACAAAGAUAUAAAACACUACUGUACACCAGGUAACGACGGUGAUUUCUACAAGAGGCCUCUUCCUGCUAUGCCUGGAAACUCGAUCCGGUAUGGACAUCAGCCAGUCGGUGUGAACACUCUCACUAAAUUCAUGAAAGAAAUAAGUCAGAGGGGAUCUUUGAAAGGUGUAUAUUCCAAUCAUAGUGGGAAACGAACAUGUGCAACCAGCAUGUACGAAGAUGGUAUAGACGGGUAG